AUGGAUUCUCAAUCACCUCCAAACGAGUAUGAAUUUUUUAAAAAAUUUGAUAUAUAUAUGGAAGCAUCCAAAGACCUUGAUCAACGUCUCAUUGAAAUAGGUGUUCCUAGAAGUGAUACUUUUUAUGUAGGUGUUUCAGGAAAUAGAUUGCCUCAGGGUGCUUCUGAAAAACGAUUUACUGAGCAAAACGUUACUGAAAAUUGUAAAUCCAUUUUAAUACACAAUUCUUUAGGUCGUCAUUUAGAAGAAAAAAUUUGUAAACAUUUUUUUAUACUCGUAAAUCAAAUGCCGUCUGUUAAGUAUACAUAUAUUACAGAAAAGCCUAAUUAUGCAAUCGAUUGUGUAUUUUUAAACUACUGGUUAAAUUAUAAUAUAAGAGAAAACCAUAAUGCUUGUGAUUCUUGUGUGCAGGAAUUUUAUGAAAAAUUUCAAGUUUCUUUUAGUGAUUUUAACAGAAAUCUUUUGUCACAAUGUUCUGUAUCUUAUAUGGAUAAAAAUGAAUUUGAAAAUAUGAAGAUAUUGUAUUAUUUACAUUAUUAUUAUAAGAGAAUUUAUAGUUAUUUGUUUUCUGAUAUAACUGAUGAUACUAAAACUUGUUUAGAUUGUAUUAAUGAGUGCAUUAGUAACUAUAGCAAACUUAAAGUUAUGUGUAAUAAUAAAAGUACUAAUCUUUGCAAGGCUUUAGAGGAUUUUAAAAAUGAGCUUGCUUCACAUUUCUCUGUGUCCCAUCGUUCAGAAAAAUGCGAUAAGGAACAUUUAAAAAAGUUAACGGAUACAGUUGGCGUUACAGGAAUAUUUAAUAGUUCAGGAGAACAAAGCGUAUACAUAGAUUCCAUGUUAUCUGGAACGUCAGUUGAAGGAAGUACUCUAGAAAAUUCAACUUAUUUUUCAGAAAUAACAAUUGACAUGAAAAAAUUGAUAAUAUAUAUAGUGAUAUCAAUGUUCGCUAUGUUAUUAAUAUUUUUUUAUACUUAUAUGAAUAUACCCUUUGGAUCAAGAUUACGCACUACAAUACGAAGGAAAAUAAUAGAUAGAAAACAUAUGUACAAUAAAAAUAAUAAUUCAACGCUGAAUAUUUCUGAGGAUAAUGGAAGGGUUUCGAACAUUGGAAAAUACAGUAUAUUAUACAGUUAG